AUGGCCGCCAGCGGGUGGGAAGCAAUGCAGUGGCCGCUGGGUCUUUGGCAACAGGCGUGUCAGCUUGUGAUACGUGAGCCAGACGCUAUCGGUUCCUGGGUGGUCCGCUUGAGUGCCUGCUUUACUGGACUGGAACGCAAGGUGUGGCCCCUUGCCUGGCACCUUUUGGAUGAUGCGAAGCCAAGAGGUAUCAGAGUCGACACCAUCUGCGGCAAUGCUGCACUGGCUGCCCUGCCGCGGUGGUCUGCAGCCCUUGUGCUCUUGCAACAGCUACAGGUCUGGCAGCUGCGACCAAACAGUAGCACAGCUGCCACAUUCCUGAGCCAGCUGGGCGAGCAAUCACUUUGGGAAAAAGCCAUGUCUUGGCUGCGAGACAAAAAUGGUGAGACCGCUGUCAACGCAGGCAUGGCUGCUUGUGAAAGCGGCGGGGCUUGGCAACGCGCGCACCUGCUCUUGGACUGGCCUGGGCUGAAGGUGGACGUGGUUGGUCUCAGCAGCUGCCAAAGUUCACAGGGGAAGUCGGGGAACUGGCCUGGAGCCCUUUUUCUGCUCAGAACAGGUGAGGUUUGUGCUCUGCAACCCAAUGCAGUCGGCCUUGCAGCUGCACUCAGUUCCUGCCAGGGCCAGUGGCAGCAUUGCUUGGCGCUGAAACGCUGGGCGCGUUUCGGGAUUGAGGUGGGUUUUCUUGCACGAUUGGCUUUGCUCAGUGCCACGGACUGUGCUUCCCGUUGGACCCAAGCGCUUCACCUUUGGCCAAAAACUGCUGCACUGGCAGAAGCAGGCGAUCUCUUAAAUGCGGCAAAUUCUGCCAUGACCAGCUGCGGCCAAAGUGCUGCAUGGCGUUGGGCACUAAAGCUGCUGUCAGAGGUUAAAAAUUGCCGGCUGUCCGUGUCUUCUAUCACAAGGCUGUGGGAAAUUCUUCACUGA